AGCCUCAGCCUCGGUCCGGAGAGGACCCGGCGCCGAAUCACUAGCAGGCCAAGGUGUAGGGAAAAUGAUCCACAGUCUAUUUCUCAUAAACUGCUCCGGUGACAUAUUCUUAGAGAAGCAUUGGAAGAGUGUUGUGAGCCAGUCUGUCUGUGAUUAUUUCUUUGAAGCUCAGGAGAAAGCUGCUGAUGUUGAAAAUGUACCCCCUGUCAUUCCAACGCCUCACCACUACCUCAUCAGUAUCUACCGGGACAAGCUCUUCUUUGUGUCUGUCAUACAGACAGAAGUGCCACCUCUAUUUGUAAUUGAGUUCCUACAUCGAGUUGCUGACACAUUUCAGGACUACUUUGGUGAGUGUUCAGAGGCUGCAAUUAAGGAUAAUGUGGUCAUAGUAUAUGAGCUCUUGGAAGAAAUGUUAGAUAAUGGAUUUCCACUAGCUACUGAAUCCAACAUUUUGAAAGAACUGAUUAAACCACCAACAAUUCUACGCUCUGUCGUCAACUCUAUUACAGGCAGCAGUAAUGUUGGGGACACACUUCCCACUGGGCAGUUGUCCAACAUCCCAUGGCGCCGAGCAGGAGUAAAGUAUACAAACAAUGAAGCCUAUUUUGAUGUUGUUGAAGAAAUAGAUGCAAUUAUAGAUAAAUCAGGGUCUACAGUCUUUGCAGAAAUUCAGGGGGUCAUUGAUGCUUGUAUUAAAUUGUCCGGAAUGCCUGAUCUUUCCCUUUCUUUUAUGAACCCAAGACUUCUGGAUGAUGUCAGCUUCCACCCUUGCAUCCGUUUCAAACGCUGGGAAUCUGAAAGAGUUUUGUCAUUUAUCCCUCCAGAUGGAAAUUUCCGACUCAUAUCAUAUCGAGUCAGCUCACAAAAUCUAGUGGCAAUUCCAGUGUAUGUGAAACAUAACAUCAGCUUUAAGGAAAACAGUUCUUGUGGCCGAUUUGACAUUACAAUUGGACCAAAGCAGAACAUGGGAAAAACUAUUGAAGGAAUCACAGUAACUGUUCACAUGCCAAAAGUUGUACUGAACAUGAACCUGACACCAACACAAGGCAGCUAUACAUUUGAUCCAGUCACCAAGGUAUUAACAUGGGAUGUGGGGAAGAUUACUCCACAAAAGCUCCCAAGUCUUAAAGGACUGGUGAAUUUGCAGUCAGGAGCACCCAAGCCAGAAGAGAAUCCAAGCCUCAACAUACAGUUCAAGAUCCAGCAGCUUGCUAUUUCAGGCUUAAAAGUAAACCGCUUGGACAUGUAUGGGGAGAAAUAUAAGCCAUUUAAAGGAGUCAAAUAUGUCACGAAAGCUGGAAAGUUCCAAGUGAGGACAUGAGAAGAGGCCAAGAUUCAAGAUUAGUUUGUUUUCAAAAUGUCAUUACAAUAUACUACUACUAGGUACCAAGUGGGUGGGAAUACAUAUUCUAGUUGAAGCAUUUAUGUCAAGCCACACACUCCUAACAAGUAGCUUAGUAUUCAGUGUAGGGAUCUUAAGGAGCUUUAAGCUAAGUAAAUGUUUCUAAUGACUUAGCUUAUUUUGUAUAUUUUCAUUAAGGAAGAUUCUGGAGAUGAUUUUCUCCACAGGGUGUUAAUUGGCUGGAUGUUGCCCACUGUAACAGUAAUGGCUGACGCCUACAGUGAUAAUCUCCAAAGACAAGACCUCAGCUAGCAGGAGCUGUCUUAAACCUGUGAUGUAAUGUGUUGGGUGCAGCCAAUGUCAUACUUUGUGAUCUUGCCCAUCUCAAAUCAACAUCUGUCCCAACAGAGGAAGAUCCUCCUACCCCACCCUGAGAAGUUUACAGAAAACUGCCUCUUCAAGUGUUUGCCUUAUUCAGCUCUUCACUCGUGCCAUUAAGCAAGCACUGUAGCAAAAGCCAGUUCCACAUGGCCCUGGCAGGGAGCGCUGCUGCUCCAUGCUCCACUCACUGUACUUGGUAUUGUAUUUUUUUAUAAAUAAGUUUUUUAUGUAAAAGUCAAAUUUGAUUUACAGGGACCUUGCUGCAGUAAAUACCAUCUCAAUUUUGUGCCACUAGUUCAGUCAUUAGCGAGCACAGUAAAAAAUCAUUGGCUUAAAGGCAUGAAUGGUUUAUUUAGGUAAUAAAAGGGAACACUACUUCUGCUUUUAGGAAGUUAGUGCAAGCACAAGCAUAUGAGUUCUUAAGCAAAUUAGUGGAAGAACAUAAGCUGAAACCUGCUGCCAUCUUCCUUUUUUGUAAAGCUUAUUCAACAAGAUUUAAACCAUAGUUAGCCUAAUUGUCUCAUGCCCAACAUUAGCAAAAGGAGAGAAGUAUGCCUGUCUCACUGUCUUCAAAUUGGUUUUGAUAUUUCACCUUUUUGGUGGUUACCUUUUAAGAGCUUGAACUUAACUAUGUACCUUGUCUUUAGAGGGGAAUUUUUUUCACAUUGUGGUUCUCACAAUCUCAGUAGAUUACUAUUCAGAUUCUUCCCUGAAACCAUUGUAAUGGUU